CCUACAUGAGUCGAUGUCAGGUCAAAAUCUUCGGGCAUGGAGACAUCCUCCCUGUCCAUUGGUGCGCAGUCCAGGAAAGCAGGGUGCAGAUUGGGCAGGCAGCAGAGUUGACGCGAUUGACUGAGCACGUUCAGCUCUCCCACCUCACCCUCUUGAACACGGUCGUUUGGAUUCGUUUCCCUUGAUAUUUGUUGGUCCUUAGGUGGCGCGCAGGGCUCCUGUCAAUGCAUCGCAGGAGCUUCCCAGCCUCUUCUUGCUGCAGCUCACAAAGGUUUGUCUGCAGCUCAGCAGCUGGUUUGCGCUUUUGCUCCUGACUGCUUUCGAAGAUGGAGGAAGCAAAGCCCCCCGUUGCUCAGUGCGGCAGCCCAAACACGGUACUGGACCCUGCCGCGUUCUUCCAGGAGCAGCGCGUCGUCGCUAAAGCUCAGGCCUCUCAGCUGUACCAGCUGGAUCCCACCAUCUGCAACCCCAUCUCGCUGCCAGCUGCCGGACAGCUGGCAGGCCGACUGUACCCCGGGGGGCAAGUCAAACUCUCAGCUCCAAUGCUUGCCCAGGUGCAGGCCAGGGGGAUGCACAAUGUAGCUAGUCAUGGGGGUUUAGUUGGAGGUCACCACCGGCCGGGGCAAGUACAUACGCGGAGUUACCAGACGCGCGAACAAAGCCAGCAAUCGAGCUCAGGGGCGGAUGAGGAGGUCGGUCUGGGGGGCAGCACCAUCGGGCCAGACGGGUUGAAACGAGGGCCCUGGACCAAGGAGGAGGAUGCGAUGCUGGCAGACUAUGUGCAGCGCUUUGGGCCCAAAGACUGGAGCAGCGUACCCAUGAAGACGGGCCUUGUGAAUCGGUGUGGCAAGAGCUGCCGCCUGAGGUAUGUCAACCACUUACGGCCCAACCUGAAGAAGGAAGCUUUCUCUGACGACGAGGAGCAGAUGGUGAUUCAUUUGCAGGCCCAGCUCGGCAACAAGUGGGCGGCCAUUGCGGCCCAGAUGCCCGGGCGCACCGACAACGAGAUCAAAAACCUGUGGAACACGCGCAUCAAGAAGCGAAAGCGGGACGCCGAGCUGCACGGUCUGGAUAUGCAGCCGCAACAGCUGUACCGGUGGCCGCAGGCGGCCCGUCCCGCGUAUUCUGAGGGGGAUAACGGCAUGCCCCCGCUAGUCAGCGUUGAGGAGUGGGGGGGGAGAGUGGGCCGGGGGGCGCGCAGGAUGAUUGGGCCGCACAGCAAUGUGAGGAGGGCGGCGUCGCUGCCGCCGGACGCGGGGGCUUAUGUCUACAUUCCAGAAGGCCCCGCCUGUCUUGCCCCCCCUGCCGCUUCCAGCACUACGUGCCCCUCCGGGCCCCGCCCCCCGUCUGCACAAUCCUGCCGCAGCCGACUCAGUAACAGCACCCGGGCAGUGUCCUCUGACGGAGUGAACGACUCCAAGAGCGUCGGUUGGUCCCCCAUAGAAGAAGCCAUGUUUUGCGCCCCCACCACUAGCCAAGAGCACACGCUGCUAUCCCCCUCGCCGGAAGAUCAGUUGAUGGUCGUCCCCCCAGACGAGUCGGUAGAACUCCCCGGGGGGGAGCAGCACUUCGUCCCCCCCAAGCAAGAAGAACUGCCGGCGAUGCCCGACGAGAUCAUCGACGACGGAUCGGGCGGUCCGGAGCCGUCCACGUCGUACUCCCUCGAAGACGACAAGAUGUUCCAGCGGAAAGCGUUCAUCGACAAGCUGAGGCUGGACGCGGGCGGGGGGGUCCACUGGGCUGCCUCGCUGGACACCAACUCCUCUCUGGAGGGGGGGCCGUCGACCGCCCGGUUGAACCCCCCGGGGUCGGACACGCCGGCGUGGACCCCUUCCUCGGGGACGUUCCCCAGCUUUCUGCGCGCGAGCACGCCCAAAGCGCGCGACUCGUGCCGCACGCCCGGGUUCCCUAACCCCUUCACCCCGGGGCCGUCGUUUGCGUUCCCAUCGAUGUGCGAGACGCCCUUGGGGGGCGGCAGCAGCUUUGACGUGUUUCCGUCGCCCGCGGGGUACCAGAAAACGGUAAAAAGCGUCACGGAUGAGAUGAUGGCCGAGGAUGACGUGGCGCGGCUGUCACGCACCUCAUUUUAGACUUGACACGUGUUGUCUUGGUGACAUUUCAGCUUAGAAGAUAUACGCCUGGGCUCAGCGCGUUGUACAGUAUUUCGACGUCGAUUCCGAUCAUCCUAGCUGCGGCCGAGAUCAGGAUUCGAUGGGCUAGAGUCUCCAGGUCGGAGCACAGUCUGCUUCCAUUCUUCAUUCUGGUAAUUACCCUGAGUGUGAUGCUUGGACUUUGGGUGUGUGGUGUGUCUUUGGUCAGAUGAAAGUUUGCUUGUAGGACUACGUGACGGUAGUUAGAGUCCUGAUUCGUAUCCCGCUGAAAGGUGGAGGGCUAACCAAAGCUAGUCGGUAACUCAAUGAUGCGCAGGUGCGCUGCGACGUUUAGCGCAACCAGAUGAGAAACCAUUGGUUUUACAAAUGGUGGUGUGGUCAAUAUUGUGUGUAUUGGUGCAGUACUUGUGAGGAGGUUCAAUGAAGCUGUACGGUCGUAGGGUUUUUAGUUUAGGACGGGGUAAUUGCCGG